ACUUGUGGCACUGUUACUUGCUUGUCUUGCAAGAACAGCGCUCACGAAGGUCCUUGUCCAGACGACGAAGGUCUCAAGGCCGCCGUUGAAGCUGCUGAAGCUGAUGGUGGAAAGAAAUGUCCUGCAUGUGGAGAAGUUGUUCUUCGUGGGCCAGGAUGUCGGCACAUUUCUGGACAUUCAUCAUGCCAGCAUCAUUGGCGCUUCCUCUGUCUCGCCGACUGGGAAGACUGCAUGGGUUCCUGCGAGGGUAGUCACGCAGAUGCAACAAGAGUUCAC